CCAAAUGCUGCACCACACACACCUGAAACAUAAUCGUUAUAGCCGAAUGUGCCCAAAGUGUGCACAAUUAAUGGCAGCAGCUAAUAAAAUCGUGAUCCUUAAUCGAUUACAGCACUUGUACGUGUUGUUGACAUGAAAAUUAUGCUGAAAACGUUAAUCCGUUGUGCGCUCUGUUAAACUCACUUGCUAUAAAGGAGGGUGCCACACUGCUAGUGCCAAAGCUAGUUGCCACUACCUCAACUACCAUACCAACUACCACCACCGCCACCUCCACCUACUUAUUCUCCUUCUCUCUUAAAAAAGCCGCUGUCGCCCUCUCCGCCACCACCGCUUCUGCUGCUGAGCUGCCACUAUCCGAUGUCGACAAUAGUCCAAAGAGUGUUUUGCUAGUGCAUCGUGCAUAUGCAUCAUAUGGAGCUGGAGCAGGCGAAGCAAGGUGUAUGGAGCCAUUUUACCUCUCACAACCAAACAAAUGUAAAAGAGAGAUGGAAUACAACGAGAUUUCUGUUAUUGGCGUGGUGUUUUGCUACUCCCAUUCUAUACACAAGUCACCGUCUUUGAGGCCUUUUAGGUUUCACCGCACGCACAACAUUCGCAUUCGCAUUUGAACUCCUGUGAGCGCACGGAGUACACGUCAUAUUGUCCGCGCGGUUAAAGUCGCAUGUCUUAAGCAAACAUCGGUCUUCUUCUACUUCGUCUACUUGGCGCGAUAGUUGUUGGGGGUUGUUGGUGCAACUCUAUUGUCAGUGAACGUGAGCGAUUAUUGUUGUGAUUUUUAUGAUUCCUAUAGCACAUUGCAUAGGUGGGUGGUCAGUCGCAUCAGCAGAGAGUGUCAGUUUACUACUGAUUGUGAUUAAGGAGGAUUUACACUUGCAUGGCGAAGACGCUCCUUUGACUUGAGUUAUGUACUAUCCAAGCUUUCCCGGUUAUCGGGUGAGUACCACACACAGAAUGGACACCGAUGAUGUUGAAUCAACUACAAGCAGUGCAAUGUCAACUCUUGGAACAUUGUUUUCAUUCACCAGUCCAGCCGUUAAGAAAUUACUCGGCUGGAAGCAAGGUGAUGAGGAGGAAAAGUGGGCAGAAAAAGCAGUAGACAGUUUAGUUAAAAAACUAAAAAAGCGCAAAGGUGCAAUAGAAGAAUUGGAGCGGGCACUCUCCUGCCCCGGACAGCCAUCAAAAUGUGUAACUAUACCUAGAUCGUUGGACGGACGUUUACAAGUGUCCCACAGAAAAGGUCUACCACAUGUGAUCUACUGCCGUGUCUGGCGUUGGCCAGAUCUACAAAGCCAUCAUGAGCUGAAACCCCUCGAAAUUUGUCAGUUCCCAUUUAGUGCUAAGCAAAAAGAGGUUUGCAUUAAUCCUUAUCAUUAUAAACGCGUUGAGAGUCCUGUUCUGCCACCGGUCUUAGUGCCACGGCAUUCGGAAUUCGCCCCUGGCCACUCAAUGUUGCAAUUCAAUCAGAUGAGUGAACCCACAAUGCCUCACAACGUUAGUUACUCCACAGCGGGAUUCAACUCACACCUAAGUCCGAACAGUCCGCCAAUGACAUCGGUUGGCAGUCCCGGAUCAGUCAGUUCGAAUCCGACUAGCCCAUAUGGCAGUCUAGCCGAGACACCACCACCAGCCUAUAGUCCCUCAGAAGAUGGAAACUCAAAUAAUCCAAAUGACGGAGGGCAAAUGAUAGACGCUCAAAUGGGUGAUGUUGCUCAAGUAAGCUACUCAGAGCCUGCAUUCUGGGCUAGUAUCGCGUAUUAUGAGCUCAAUUGUCGUGUUGGUGAAGUAUUCCAUUGCAAUAGCAAUUCGGUUGUUGUGGAUGGUUUUACGAAUCCCUCAAACAAUUCAGAUCGCUUCUGUCUCGGCCAGCUGAGUAAUGUCAAUCGCAACAGCACCAUCGAAAAUACCCGCCGACACAUAGGCAAAGGCGUCCAUCUCUACUACGUUACCGGCGAGGUUUAUGCCGAGUGCCUUUCUGACUCGGCCAUAUUUGUCCAAUCGCGCAACUGCAAUCACCAUCACGGUUUCCAUCCGAGCACGGUUUGUAAAAUUCCACCCGGUUGCUCCCUAAAGAUCUUCAACAAUCAAGAAUUUGCUCAGCUGCUCUCUCAAUCGGUGAAUCACGGUUUUGAGGCUGUUUACGAACUAACCAAGAUGUGCACAAUCCGAAUGAGCUUUGUUAAAGGCUGGGGUGCCGAAUACCAUCGACAAGAUGUCACCUCAACGCCUUGUUGGAUUGAAAUUCAUUUGCAUGGACCACUGCAGUGGCUUGAUAAGGUUUUGACGCAAAUGGGCUCCCCGCAUAAUGCUAUUAGUUCGGUAUCCUAAAACGGGAGUUUAUCUUUUUAAUUAUAAUUAAAGUUUUUUUUUUUGUUUUUCAUAUAAUGAUAUCAAUUUUAUCGUAUUUUAUACUACAAUUCUAUAGUUGUUGGGGCCACUCUCAAACUUAGCGAAAUUAUUAGCAGCUAUAGUGAAGCCAAGUAAUUCGUCUUGAUAGAGCUUGGAAUCGCAUUUGUUUAGUCUUCAAAUUGCGAUUAAUUAUGAAACAAAUGUUUGCAGCUCUGAGAGACGAAAGUUACUUUGGUGUCACACUGAAAAAUUCGCGUCGGUUCGGGAGGGCCCUUAUACAUUUUUUUUUUAUAUUGUUUACUAUCAUAGUUUUUGUUUCAAAUUAUUUACAAAAAAAUAUAUAUGCAUAUACAAAAAAAAAAGAAAAAAAAACUUCUUUCAACAAAUUGAACUGAUGUGAACAUUUGAUCUUCGUUUCGUUUUUUUUAUUGAUAAAAUAAUUUUAUUAUAAAUGUUAUUUUUAGUUUUAUAGCAUCGCGGUGUGUUCUUUAUAAAAAAAAAAAAAUAAAACAAUUAAAAUUAAGUUUUAUAUUUAAAAAAAGGAAAAUUUAAUUUGAAUAAUGUUGCCAUAUAUCUUUUUUUUUAUUUUUUUUUUGUUUGUUCUUAUUUUUUUUAUAAAGGUUUCGUUUUGAAAUAAACUUAUGGCAAUACUCUACACACAAACGAAUUAAUAAAAUACACACACACACAGCUAGUGAUCUAGAAUGUUAACAUUCAUCGAGUAUAAUAUGUUAAAAAGUUUAUUUUUAUUGUUUACUUUGAAAAUAAAAACAAAAAUAAAGAAUUUUACUAUAAAUACAUUUUGAUUUAGAAAAAAAGAAGAAAUUUUAAAGAUUUUAAAUAUUUUUUUUUUAAUUUUUCAAUCAAUCGUUUAAAAUAAAUAUAAAAAAAAAUAAAUAUAUUUACAUAUUUUGCAUAAUGUUUUAAGAAUUAGGAAUUUAAUUCAAAGAAAAAUAAAAAAUAAAAGAGAAAAAAUAUAUAGCUUUUAAGCAUCUUAUAUAUGAAUAUAAAAUUUAAACAAAUGAUGAUUUAAAAAUAGUGUCCAAAAAAACAUUGUUUAUAUAAACAAAAAUAAUAUGAAUGAAAAUAUGAAAAAAAGGAAAUUAUUUAGUAAGCAUUUUUUAAUUUAAUUUUUUUUUUGUAUUGAUUUGCUUUGAUUCGUGCAGUUCAAUAUGGUUUUCUUUUUUAUUUCUAAAAUUGCUUAAAGCCUUUUGUUUUAUUUGCAAACAUUUUUAUUUUGUUGGCCCUAUUUCGCAGAGGAAUUUUAUUUCCUAGAAUUGGGUGUUUGCUGUCGACAGCUUCCAUUUCGUAUUAUGAAGUCAAUUGAUUUCUUUAUUGCUUAUUUAGCUCUCUCUAGUAAAGACAGAGGUUCUUGCUUCAGUAGUACCACCAGAUUGUGAAAUACAGUUUUCGCUCAGUUUUUUCUUCCCAUUUUUUUUAAAUCCUUCCCUUUUUCCAAGCACCACAUACUGACAAACAGACUGAUUGUCUGACAUACCUAAGACCCUCAUUGGGACUCCUGAGGCUGGUCUCUUUUUGAAAUUCAAUUGGAAGGAGAUACAAUGAUGUGAUUUCUCCUUCAAACACAUUGAGUUUCGAAAAGAGUCAACCCUCUGGAGUCCCAAUCAAAACAGGCUCUUUGGAUGAUGGAGAAUGCGAAGAAUGGGUCCCGUACUCAAAGUAAGCCCUAUGUUAAAUCCUCGGUGAAUGACGAUCUCAUUGGAGUUAGACAUUUACUUAAAACGAUUUUAAAGACAUCUAAAUCUAUUGGAAUUUUUAUUGCCGAAAACAAUAAAUUCCGAAGAAAACGUUUAUGGGAACCAUUCAGCCCUGUUCUAGAUGAAAACUCCCCAGAAAGUGUUUUCGGGAGAAGGGCUACGAAUCAAAAAGCUUAGAAAAAUUAAGCUUUUUUUCCGAUUUUUUAUCACUACGAGUUUUUCUCCCGCUAACAUUUCCCAGGGAGUUUCAUUCAGAAUACGCCUGCUUAAGAUCCCAAAUUUAAAAGGAAAGAAAUUUGUAUGAUGAUGAUAACAUUUGUUUCUAUGCCUUUAAAACCUUAGAUCUCUUAACUUCAA